AUGACCUCCCACCACGUCCGUGACAUCGGGGUCAUUCUACAAGAGGUGGAGCAUGAGCUGGCCAGCCUCCGGGAGCAGCUGUCCACCAACGCCGAUGACCCUGCGUUGCACUCGCUCGACGCGGUGCUGUCGCGAGCACAGGCAGACUUGGCGUCCAAGGCCGAGCUGGUGCUGCAGGCGGCGACCCAACAGCCGACGGUCCUCCCGCUUGUUCCGCAUAGAGCUGGGCCGCCGCUCUCGCACCGCCGCCCACAAUCUGCCAGCGCCCGCCGGCCAGCUACCGCCACCCGCCGCCCGCGAACCCUCCCGCCGCUCACCGCGCCGCUUCCACUCGACGACCGCAAGCUGCAGGCGCGCCCGCCGAGGUCUGGCCCAUCGUCGUCGCGUCGGCCGCCGCGAAAGCGCCCGAGCUCGGCGCGACCGAGGCCGACAACUGGCCGGGCCCGCCUCCGCGAUGGCCCGCCGCGGGCCGACAACUCACAGGUGCUUGGGGCACUCAAGCCGGUGGCCCAGUCCAAGCUCCACCUCCAUGACCCGGCCGAGAAGCACGUCCGGCGACCGGUCCUUCUUGAUGCGCUCGGCUUCAACCGGUUUGCUCUGCGCCUGGAUCUGGAGACCCAAGCCGGGCCCAAGUACGUCCCGCCGCCGUCGGCCAAGCCAUCGUCGAUGCGGACGCCGGCGGACAACAUCGUCCUCGCCGAGAGUGCGGCCGCCGAAGCAGCAUCGUCUGCCAGUCGAGGCUCGGCUCGGCAGGCUCCGCUUCAGGUUGCGUCGGUGCUGCAGGGCCUUGACGAGGCGGGCAAUGGCGAUCCCGAGUGGGCGCGCGACCCGUCCAACGCUGCGGCAAACGAGAUCCGCAAGUUUGCCGAGCUCAUGGAUGAGUACUCAUUGCACCAAGUGCUUAUUCGCAACGGGCGCAUUCUGACGACCACACCCGAGUUUGCCUCGUUUGAGCGGAGCUUCGCCCACGAAUGGGGCGGCAUCCGGGCGCUUCUCCUCCGGCUCGAGGCUCUCUGCGCCAGGUUCUGUGUCAAGCUUGCCAUCAUCGACGGCAAGGGCGUCGCCGAGCUUGCCAUGGUCUCCAAGGCCGGCAUCGACAUCGACAACGAGCGCCUGCUCGAGACGAUUGUCAACGCCGAAGACGUGCUUGACUUGUUUAAGCUGCCCGGCCGGCGGUUUGCUGGAGCAAACGGCGUUGCUGCCGCCGCCACCGCCAUCCAGGCUGCCUUUCGCAUGUGGCGGACGCGCCGACAGUACGUCCUAUUCAAGGCCUUUCUCACGUCUGUGGUACGGAUCCAGCGGGUGUGGCGGUCGCGACUCGAGCACAUGCACACGCGCGAGCGCAUCGCCAAGGCGCGUGCUGAUCGCGAGGCUGCGUACGAGGUGAUCCAGACCCAGUUCUCGGUUGAUUGGCCGCAUAUUCGCUCCUCGCCGCGGACGGUGGUGCACUUGCCAUCGCUUGCGCUUGCCCGCGACGCCCGCGACGCCCUGCCGAUCGACUUGGAGACCGCCCAAAACUCGCAGAUGGCUCGGGUGCUCGAUCUCAUGGAGGACGGCGUUAACGUCAUCUAUGUAGCGCCAUUUUCCAUUCCGGACGACCUUCGCGACUACUACGUGCAAAUGCUCGAGCUCCGCGGUGUCCGCGGCAUUGCCAAGCGGCUCAAGUUUGUGGUUCCGGAAGCUGUCGACAAGCUCCCAUCGUGGGUUCCACUCUCGCUUGCGCUGCGAUCCUCGCCCAAAGCGCUGCGGCGGAUCCGCAACUUUAUUGCCGGUCGCGCGGCGUACAUUGUGCCAAGCGCAGCGUGCGACGACGACAUGCACCUUGCGGUCACGCUCGGCAUUCCGCUCCUGGGCGCUACGCCGGCGCUCCGCGCCAAGUACGGGACCAAGUCAGGUGCGCAGCGGUUGUUUCACUCGACUGGACUCACGGCCGCGCCGUGCCGCGGCGAUCUGUACACGCCCGCACAGGUCGAGGACGCACUCACCGAGCUCAUCGCCGCCUUUGUUCACGUUCGACAGUGGCUGUUCAAGACCAACCACGGAAUGGGCGGCCGCGGGCACGCGCUCUUCUGCACAGACACGCUACCAUGCUACCCGCUCCUCCUCGCUGAGCGCGCCAAGUAUGGCGACGGCUGGUUUGCCGAGUUCCACCAGGUCACCGUCCGCAAGCGGGUCCGGGCCGAGCUCCGCGAAGCGCUCGAGGCGACCAUCCAGGUCAUGGCACCGGCUGUGUACAUGCGUGGGAGCAGCACGACUUCGCCGUGGCAUGCAUACCUUGCGGCGUUUUGCUCGGCCGACGCCGGCGGGCUCAUCGAGGCCGUGCCCGAGCGCAUGCUCGCCUCGCCGUCGAUCUCGAUUCUCAUCGAGCCGGACGGCAAGACAAGGCUUCUUGCGGCCCACGACCAGAUCCUCACCGGCUCGUACGCGGUGGCUGGCGGCGUGUACCCACAGACCUCGGUCGUGGCCGAUCAGCUUGUCCAAGUUGCCGAGGUUAUCGGCUCGGCGGCGUUUCAGCUCUCGGUCAUGGGCCACGUCAAGGUUGAUUUUGUGGUUUUUGACGCUGCGGCUCAAGAGGCGGCAGCCGCGGGCGCUCGUCCGGCGGAAACGCCGGGCAAGCGCGACGGCAGCUCGCGCGCUUCAUCUGCAGCCUCGGCCAUUUCGGCCGUCGGCGGGAGUAGCAUCGGCGGCGCGCCUCAGCAAGUUGGCAUUUGGGCUAUUGACCUCUCGCUAGGCUACUCGGACGCACUGUGCGUGGUGAGUAUGGCGCGGGCCAUGACUGCCGGCUACCUCUCGACCACGACCGGCAAGUUUAUGGUCCGCACAAAGCGGCCCGACAAGAAGCGGGUUAUCAAGUCUGCGCGGACCGUGGUCUGGCUCGACCACUUGGUGCAUCCCGAGCUCGCGACGAUGAACUACGCCGUGCUCUUUGGCGUUUGCCGCGAGCUCGGCGUUGCCUGGUCGCCGUCGGAAAUGGCCGGCCUCGUCUUGGUACUCAAGGACUCGUGGACCAAGGGUUUGAUGGGCUUGAUCUCGGUCGGCAACUCGGUCGGCGACGCGCUGGGCAUCCUGCACAUGGCUGUUCGCCAGCUCUUUGCCCAUCUCAUGACCGAGGCCUCUGGCGGGCGCGGACGGACGGGCGAGGGCAACUUUGGUGUCAUCCUGGGCUUGCUCAAAAGCUUGGCAGUGUAGCGGAAAGGAGACUGUGUCCUUUGAACGCACGUGGCACAUUCUCGUAAACACAUUCUGGCUG